AUGAAAUUGGGCUUUAUAUUAAUUGCACUGGUGAAUUGUGGCGAAAAUAUCAGGAAGCGUACGACAUCAAUGAUUACAAUGAAGAAAAUCUUUUAUGCUCGAAUUAACAAGGAAGUCUCGAAUGGAUUCAAUGGUACUUACCUGAUCAAUGGAGAGACGUUUGAACUACCAGUGGCUUCUACAGGGGUAUUUCUUUACACUGACGAAACAAUACCAUAUUGGUUUUCGUCAUUUGGAAGGAUGAUCAUCUAUCAUUUCUUCUAUGAAAGUCCAUUAAAAGUGUCUAUUCAGAAGAAAGAGUUAGUAAAUCAAAGUGGAUGGUGCAUGUUUGUCUCGGUCUUGGCACCUUACCCUCAAGGAAUAGAAGGAACACGGGUGAGGAUUUCUGAUUCAAAGUUGAGAUGUGAAUUAGAUGGAGUAACCAGUAUUCCUUAA